AUGGAACAUGCUGAGGAUAUUGUUGGUGAACAUCGGGAGAAACAUGAUGAUGAGGUGGAAGCUGUUGCUCGUCUUGAGGAAUUUAAGAAGUCUGUUGAAGCAAAAACGGUGCUACGUGACUACGUCAGAGGAGUAGCAUCUGGAUAUUCAGGUUUUCUCAGGACAUUGGAUUCUAGCAUUAAGCGCAACACGGCUGUUAUAAAAAAACUAAAGCAGAUAAAUGAGGAGCAGCGAGAAGGUAUGAUGGAUGAGUUGUGCGGUGUUAACCUAAGCAAAUUUGUUAGUGAGGCAGUAACUUCAAUUUGUGAUGCGAAGCUUAAAGCUGCAGACAUACAAGCUGCUGUUCAGAUCUGCUCUUUACUUCAUCAAAGGUACAAAGACUUCUCUCCUAGUCUGGUUCGAGGUCUCUUGAAAACUUUCUUGCCUGGGAAGCCCCCUGAGGACAUUGACGGAGACAAAAAUUCAAGGGCCAUGAAGAAGCAGAGCACUCUAAAACUUCUCUUGGAACUUUACUUUGUUGGAGUUGAAGAAGAUAGCAGCAUCUUUACAAAUAUAGUCCUUGGCAUAGUUAAGGAUCUCACUAGCACGGAACAUUUUGAGGAUCGUGAUGCUACUCAGACUAAUUUAUCCCUGCUUGCUAGUUUUGCUCGACAAGGAAGAUAUCUUCUUGGACUGCCUCUGACUGGACAAGAUAUUCUGGAAGAGGUUUAA